AGAACCCUCUUGAUACCUGUCGACGAGGGCACUCUCCACGCUCCUCGAGCCUCGGAAGGCUAACAUGGCACGCUUCGGCAUGCUGGCAGAUACCUCAUUUCCUCUGACGAUUUGAGAAUCUCCGUUCCGACAACCCUACAACCGCCAAAAUGGUCCGCACUUCGGUUCUUCACGAUGCCCUCAACUCGAUCAACAACGCCGAGAAGGCCGGCAAGAGGCAGGUCAUGAUCCGGCCCUCCUCCAAGGUCAUCGUCAAGUUCCUGCAGGUCAUGCAGCGCCACGGUUACAUUGGCGAGUUCGAGGAGGUCGACACCCACCGCAGCGGCAAGAUCGUUGUCCAGCUCAACGGCCGCCUCAACAAGUGCGGUGUCAUCUCACCCCGCUACAACGUCCGCCUGGCCGAGCUCGAGAAGUGGGUGGUCAAGCUCCUCCCGGCUCGUCAGUUCGGCUACGUCAUCCUCACCACCUCGGCUGGGAUCAUGGACCAUGAGGAGGCCCGUCGCAAGCACGUCGCUGGCAAGAUCAUCGGCUUCUUCUACUAGACACCAAAAAAGGCGAACGAGAGAUGACCGGAUGCAAAAGGCACAAAAAGGAUAUGGCAUGUGCGGCGUUCAACUGCGUUUGAGGGAUACCCUUCCGUGAAUACAAACGGCCUGCA